AUGGCAGAGGCUGUCAAAGCCGAAGGCGCCAGCCAGGCCGCUGCUCCGGCGCCAAAGAGCGGCGUUGUAAAAAGCGCCAUGGCUGCAACCGAAAAGGAGCAUGGGAUGACCCUGAUGCAAGGCAUCCGACUCUACCCCAAGGCCAUUGGCUGGAGCAUCCUGAUCAGCACCUGCAUUGCCAUGGAGGGCUUUGACGUGUGUCUCCUGCCCAACUUCUACAACUUCGCCCCGUUCAAGCAGAAAUAUGGCCAGCAGUUGCCCAACGGCGAUUGGGAAAUUCCGGCUCCCUGGCAGGCGGGAUUACAGAAUGGCUCUCAAGUCGGCCAGAUCAUCGGUCUGUUCAUCAACGGCUUCGUCUCUGAGUGGCUUGGAUACCGCUAUACGACCGUAUGCUGCUUAGUUCUAGUCGCCGCAUUCACGGCCAUCUUUUUCACCGCCCCGAGCGUCGAAGUUCUACUCGUUGGCUACAUUUUCUCCGGAAUCCCCUGGGGUGUUUUCCAGACCCUGACCAUCACCUACGCGUCUGAAGUUUGUCCGGUCGCAUUGCGUGGUUACCUCACCACAUAUGUCAACUUCUGCUGGGGCUUAGGACAAGUCAUCGGCAUUGGGGCCAUUAAAGGCAGCCUCAAUCGCCAGGAUGAAUGGGCUUAUCGGAUUCCAUACGCCCUGCAAUGGAUUUGGCCCCUGCCGCUGGCAGUCGGUAUAUUCAUGGCGCCAGAGUCUCCAUGGUGGCUAGUUCGAAAGGGAAGGGUGGCCGAUGCAAAGAAGGCUCUUCUUCGACUGACUAGCCUGAACCGAGAGACUAACUUCGAUGCGGACGAGACUGUUGCCAUGAUGGCUCAUACUACGGCACUCGAAGCCAACAUCACAGGGGGCAGCAGUUACCUUGAUUGCUUCAAAGGCACCGACCUCCGACGGACCGAAAUCGUCUGCAUGUGCUGGGCAAUUCAGAAUCUGUCCGGCAAUUCCUUCAGUAGCUAUUCCUCAUACUUCCUGACACAGGCGGGGUUGGACCCAUCGACCUCGUACGAUUUCGCCCUGGGCCAAUACAGCAUCAAUAUGGUUGGGGUGUUCGGCGUGUGGCUGUUGAUGAGCUGGGGCAUCGGGCGAAGAUCGCUCUUCCUGUACGGGCUUUGCGGCCUGUUCAUAAUGCUGCUCGUCAUGGGCUUCCUGGGCCUUCCAUCGAACAGAGAUGCAGCGGCCAUGGCGACGGGAAGCGUCAUGAUCGUUUGGGCCGCGUGUUACCAGCUAUCUGUCGGCACGGUCUGCUAUUCUCUAGUGGCCGAAAUGUCCACGCGUCGACUGCAGAUCAAAACCGUGGUACUGGGUCGCAAUCUCUUCAACAUUGUCGGCAUUGUCUGCUCUGUCAUCACGCCGUACAUGCUGAACCCAGGCCAGUGGAACUGGGGGAACUACGCCGGUUUCUUCUGGGCAGGCGCAUGCUUCCUGUGUAUCAUCUACACAUAUUUCCGCAUCCCCGAGCCCGAUGGCCGCUCCUUUGCGGAGCUGGAUCUGCUUUUCGAGCGCAGGGUGCCUGCCCGAAAGUUUGCCUCGACCAAAGUCGACGUCUUCGCCGUGGACGUACAUGGCCAUGUGUUGGACGAGGCUGGACGGAAGUUGAGUCUGAGUAUUCGCGCCUCGCAUGAUGAGGACCACGAGGAUGACGCGGGCUCGACCGAAAAGGGACGUAAGGACGUAGCAGAGACAUGA